GUUAUUCUCCUCACGUGACACAUCGUGAUCAUCAUGGCGGCCACCUCUGUCUUCCAGAGAGUGAGAACGGGCUCGAAAAUAGGAGCACAGUAUGAUCAGGAAGGCAAUCUCAUCAAGGUGGAGACCCGUGAGGAUGAGGAGCAGAAUGUCAAGCUUGCAGAGAUUUUGGAGCUGUUGCUCGCAGCUGGUUAUUUCAGAGCUCGCAUUAAAGGACUGACACCAUUUGACAAGGUGGUGGGUGGACUGACCUGGUGUAUAACCACUUGCAAUUUUGACAUAGAUGUUGAUCUGCUUUUCCAAGAAAAUUCCACCAUUGGUCAGAAAAUUGCUCUGACGGAAAAGAUUGUGUCAGUUCUGCCCAAAAUGAAAUGUCCUCACCGACUGGAGCCUCAUCAGAUCCAAGGGUUGGAUUUUAUCCACAUCUUUCCUGUUGUACAGUGGCUGGUAAAGAAGGCGAUUGAGACGCGUGAGGAGAUGGGAGAUUACAUCCGGUCAUAUUCCAUCUCCCAGUUCCAGAAAACACACGCGUUUCCUGAGGAUGAGGAGUUUGCGUCGAAGAAGGAUAGAGCCAUCAGCACGGUGGUGAAUGUGUGUGAAGUGUAUGCUCCUCAAAGGCGUUAUAAAAGACAAGAGGAUGCUGGUGAGCUAUUGGAUGAAGAGUCUCGAGUUCAUUCCACCCUGCUGGAGUUUGGCAGUCCAUGCCUUCUCAUAUCGCAGUAUAUGCAGCGCUAUGGAUUCAGCAAACAGUCUAAAUCAGGCACUGCGGUGGAGCAGAAGCAGGCGUCAGCUCAGGGUACACAAGGCGCGCCUCCGGGAAUGACCCAGGUGUCUGAAGAAGAGGAUCUGCAGGCCGCAGAGGAGCUUCGAAUUAAGGCCCUGAUGACUGGAAUGGCGGCCAUGGCAACAGAGGAGGGGAAGUUGUCGGCGAGCACAGUUGGACAUAUUGUUGGUCUGCAGUCUGAGGAGAUCAAGCAAAUUGCUACUGAGUAUGCAGAAAAGGCGGAGCGCUCUGUGGAGGAUCGGCCGGAGAGAUUUGGGCCUGUCCAGCAACACCGGCGUCAGCUAGCAUCACUUAACAAACAAAUCACUCAAAAAACAAAAGAACUGGAAGAGCUUCAAUCCAAACAGCAGGAGGUCAGAUCAGCAUGUGAGGAUGCUAAAAUCAAACUAGCUGAGGCCACAUCGCAGACGGAAAAGCUAGAGAAAGAACUGAGCUCACUGGAGGACAUCGAGUCUCAGGCGGAUUCAGUGUUGUUGGACAAGCUUCGUGCUUUGGUGGCCAUGAAUGAAAACCUGAAACAUCAAGAGCAAACAUUCCGAUCACACUGUCGUGAGGAAAUGACCCGUCUGCAGCAGAAUAUUGAAGAGCUGAAAUUGGAGUCUGGAGACGAUGGGGAUGAUAAGAAGGAGAUGAACAUGUUGAUUGAUCAGCAAUACACUGCGGACAGAGAGAAGCUACAGAAGAUCCGUCUACUCAUGGCUCGGAGAAACCGUGAGAUCGCCAUCCUGCAGAGAAAGAUUGACGAGGUUCCCAGCAGAGCCGAGCUGACGCAGUAUCAGAAACGCUUCAUUGAACUGUACAGCCAAGUCUCAGCAACACACAAAGAAACAAAACAGUUCUUCACACUCUACAACACUUUGGACGACAAGAAGGUUUACUUGGAGAAAGAGGUCAAUCUGCUGAACUCAAUCCAUGAUCAUUUUCAGCAGGCCAUGGCUUCAUCAGGAGGUAAAGAACAGUUUCUCAGACAAAUGGAGCAAAUUGUGGAAGGAAUCAAACAGAGUCGCAUAAAGAUGGAAAAGAAAAGACAGGAGAAUAAGAUGCGCAGAGAUCAGCUGAAUGAUGAAUAUCUGGAGCUGCUGGACAAACAGAGGCUCUACUUUAAAACGGUUAAAGACUUUAAAGAGGAGUGCCGUAAGAAUGAGAUGCUGUUGUCUAAACUGAGGGCUAAAGGAGCUUCAUAACUGCUGGAGGUCAAACACACGUACUCUCCCAUGUAGCACUUCAAAACACACUCGCAUUCCCUGAUGUUUAUAUUUUACUCUACUGAAGCCUCAUGCUGAUAUCACAUCUGCUUUCAGAGAGAAACACCCCACCUUUCAGUGCAUGUGUGUUAACCUGAAUUGUUCUAGGUUCAGAGACUAUUAUACUGUUGAACGUUUUGUGCCUUGAUGCUGUUUUCUUUAAACUCAUGAUGUAUAUAGGAAAUCUGCUUACUAAUCCGCUUUCUUUUUGUAUCUGUGAUCAAAAUCUGCUGCCAUAAGACCAAAAUGCAUUAAAAGAGAAAUGAACUUGCA